CAAGAAUAGGCUCAUCGAUCGGACGCAGUUAUGGGGUAUCUUAACGGAAGAUGUUCAGAUCGCUAAAAAUUAGAAGAAUAAUGUGAAGCUGGAUGACGAGCCAUUCACAGUUUUAUAUCUGUCGGCCAUGACCUGGAUACAAGCCCUCUGAUAAUCGCCCCAUAUGAAAAGACAUAUUGUGUAGGAAUCAUUGGCUAUCCUUUUAAAGAACAUCUGAGGCCCACGGUAGGUCUGGUCACGAGGACCCUGUGCCAACCAGGUAUUUGAAGCGUCGUGAGCCCCUGUCUUCCUAACUUAAACUCACGUUCCUAAAAACGCACGGCCACUAUGUCUCUUGAAACUAUUACAGCAGUAGAGUUCUUGUCCCACACAGGAAUUCUCGUCCAAACCAUCGCGAGAAAUCUGCGUGACAACAGACUAGAUCGAAAGACGCUGCAGACACAUCUCCUGGAAUAUGCCGCUCGCGCCGAAUACGACGGCCGGUUGAUCAACGCAUCUAGGCAAGACUCUCGAUGCGUCGAACAUGGCUUAUUCCUAGCAUAUGUCCACGUCGAGUUGAUCACAUGGCUAGCCCGAUUUAACUACACAAUUCCUGCAACAUCUGUCAAAUGGUACAGCUGGAAGAAACUACUCACGAAGUAUCGUCUUCCUCUGUUUUCCGUUUCGUCGCAAACGGCGGAGUUGAGGGGUCAGUUAGAAAACAUCAAAGCGAAGGCAGAUUUAGUACAGGAGGACCUUGGAAUCAAUAAUGUUGACGUCCCAGCCACCUCUAUCAACUACCGCAAGGUUCCGGGGUCACUCCCAGCCGGGGCUGGGCCUGAAGAGCUUCAUGAUCUCCUUCGGCGUGGUCUGCUUGCUCAGCGACAGCUAACCUGGUCAUCGGAGUGAUCACUGCCAGCCUUUCUCUCCCACGUAUUGUUGCACAGCACGUUUCAUCAUUUUGUUCUCUUCCUUCCUUCUCUCAUUCAUGCUCAAGCUCUUGCGUAAUGGAUAGCCUCUGUUAACUAUCAGAUAUUCGAUAUUCGUCUCUACUUUGCUGCCUAUUGUCGGUUGGCGCUAACUAGCUCAACACCUUGGGUCUGCGAGAGAGUCUAUCUUAAUUGAAGAAAAAGGCCCUAGCAUUACCUAGUAGGCCUCUCUCCC